AUGAUUCGGCCUUGUCAUCUAGUCUAUGUUUCUUGGGGCUGUCUUCCGACCGAGGAAGAAAGCCAUGCUGAGAUAGCCAGGAAGCUCACUGAUGCAUCUACAAUAUUCAUAUCGGAGCUCUUGAUCAAUGAAUACAACAAGCGACCCACUUUUUCGAAAGCUCGAACGGUCAUUCCCGGCUUCAUCGUUGGAGCAGAAAGGGAGGGAAUUGCCCAUACGGAAGAUUUCUUCUGGAGGUUAGCAUUCAGCGUCGCUCGACUUCAGGCCGCGAGCGAGCGACUCGGUCAGCUAACGGUUGCGGGUGGUGACCAAGUGUUUCAACUAGUUUCAAAUCUACUUUUGCGACCAGAGAACGUGGUGAAUCGAGUUACAUAUCGUGGCAGUGGUAAUGCAUCAUUAUUUUACGACAUAUUGUGUGACGCAUUGGGCGUGCCAAUCCGACGAGUCAAUCACGCGCAAUGGAUGCAAACGCUUCGUGAGAAUGUAACUGGUGCCGAUUUCGACCAUCCUUUCUUACCGGUAAUGAAAUGGUUCGAAUAG